GAAACGGCCGCCGCCGCAGCAUCUCCUGCCCCAGCUGUAACGGGCAGGCGGAGGGCAACAAGCUGCUGGCCCCCCUGGCUCUGGCCUGCGGAGCCGAUGGCAGCAUCUUUGUGGGAGACUUCAACUACAUCAGGAGGAUCUUCCCCUCUGGGAAUGUUACCAGUGUCAUGGAGCUGAGAAACAAAGAUUUCAGACAUAGCAACAACCCUGCUCACCGGUACUACCUGGCCACGGACCCGGUCACAGGACAGCUGUACGUGUCGGACACUAACUCCCGCCGCAUCUACAGACCCAAGAUGCUCAGCGGCGCCCGUGACCUCAUCAGUAAUGGAGAAGUAGUGGCUGGUACAGGUGAACAAUGUCCUCCAUUUGAUGAAGCACGAUGUGGAGAUGGAAGAAAAGCUACAGAGGCACAACUGCUGGGACCUAAAGGGAUUGCAGUAGACAGGAACGGAUUGAUCUACUUUGUGGACGGGACUAUGAUCAGGAAAGUUGAUCGUAAUGGAAUCAUUUCCACGAUGCUGGGCAGCAACGACCUGACCUCUGCACGACCCCUGACCUGCGACACCAGCAUGCACAUAAGACAGGUUCGUUUGGAAUGGCCCACAGAUCUAGCCAUCAAUCCAAUGGAUAACUCCAUCUACGUCCUGGACAACAACGUUGUGCUGCAGAUCACUGAAAACAGACAGGUUCGUAUAGUGGCGGGGCGUCCCAUGCACUGCCAGGUCCCUGGGAUAGAAUACACCAUGGGGAAGAGGGCAGUGCAGACCAUGCUGGAGGGGGCCACAGCCGUCGCCCUGUCCUACAGCGGGGUCCUCUACAUCGCAGAGACGGACGAGAAGAAAAUCCACCGCAUCAGACAGGUGUCGACUGAUGGGGAAAUAACCCAGCUAGCUGGAGAGCCUUCUGACUGUGACUGCAAGAACGAUGCCAACUGUGACUGCUAUCAAACAGGAGACGGCUACGCUAAAGACGCGAGGCUGAACUGUCCUGCGUCUUUAGUGGUGUCUCCGGAUGGGACGCUGUAUGUGGCUGAUCUGGGAAACAUCCGGAUUCGAGCCAUACGCUGCAACCAACCCCCCACUGGCUCCCUGGCUUCAGGACCCAGCUCCUAUGAAGUGGCCUCCCCCGCCUCCCAGGAGCUCUACGUGUUUGAUGGGAACGGGACUCACCAGUUCACCAUGUCUCUGGUCACUGGAGACUAUAAAUACAACUUCAGCUACAGCAAUGAGGAGGAUGUGACGGCAGUGACGGACAGCAGUGGGAACACCCUGCGUAUCCGCAGAGACACCAACCGGCUGCCUGUACGCGUGGUCUCCCCUGACAACCAGGUCAUCUGGCUGACCAUCGGGACUAACGGGGGUCUGAAGACUCUCACGGCUCAGGGUCAGGAGCUGGUGUUGUUUAGUUACCAUGGAAACAGCGGCUUGCUGGCUACCAAGAGCAUCCAGAUAGGCUGGACCACCUUCUAUGACUAUGACAGCGAGGGCCGUCUGACUAAUGUGACAUUCCCCACCGGCGUUGUGACCAAUCUCCACGGCGACAUGUCGUCGGGGGCUGUUGCUGUGGACAUUGAGACGUCAGGGAGGGAUGAGGACGUUUCCAUCACAACCAAUCUGUCGUCAAUAGACUCCUUCUACACUCUGGUGCAGGACCAGCUUCGUAACAGCUACCAUGUGGGGAGCGACCACUCACUGAGGGUGAUCUAUGCCAAUGGGAUGGACACACACUACCAGACAGAGCCCCACAUACUGGCAGGUGCUGCUAACCCAACUGUAGCCCGACGCAACAUGACGCUGCCAGGAGAGAACGGCCAGAACCUGGUGGAGUGGAGGUUCAGGAAGGAGCAGACCCGGGGGAAAGUCAUCGUGUUCGGGAGGAAGCUCAGGGUGAAUGGUAGGAACCUGCUGUCAGUGGAUUACGACCGUUCGCUGCGAACAGAGAAAAUAUAUGAUGACCACAGGAAGUUCCUGCUGAAGAUCAUCUAUGACACACAAGGCCAUCCCACACUGUGGGUUCCCAGCAGCAAGCUGCUGUCAGUCAACCUCACAUACUCCAGUACGGGGCAGGUGACUGGCCUCCAGAGGGGUCCCACCACAGAGAAGUGGGAGUAUGACAGCCAGGGACGAAUCAUUUCCCGAGUGUUCGCUGACGGGAAGAUUUGGAGCUACACCUACUUGGAUAAGUCCAUGGUGUUGCUGCUGCACAGCCAGCACCAGUACAUCUUUGACUUUGACUCCGGGGACCGUCUGUCCGCGGUAACCAUGCCUAGCGUGGCUCGACACACCAUGCAGACCCUCCGAUCCAUAGGGUACUACAGGAACAUCUACAACCCCCCAGAGAGCAACGCCUCUGUGACUGUGGACUACUCUGAAGAUGGACAGCUCCUCCGAAUUGCCCAUCUAGGCACGGGCCGCCGUAUACUGUACAAAUAUCGCAGACAGAACAAGCUGGCAGAGAUCCUCUAUGACUCCACUCGGGUCAGUUUCACGUAUGAUGAGACAGCUGGUGUUCUUAAGACCGUCAACCUGCAGAGCGAAGGCUUCAUCUGCUCCAUCAGGUACCGGCAGAUCGGCCCUCUGGUCGACCGGCAAAUCUUCCGCUUCAGCGAGGACGGCAUGGUGAACGCUCGCUUCGACUACACGUACGACAACAGCUUCAGAGUGACCAGCAUGCAGGCUGUGAUCAACGAGACGCCGCUGCCCAUCGACCUGUACCAGUUUGAUGAUAUAUCUGGGAAGGUGGAGCAGUUUGGGAAGUUUGGAGUCAUCUAUUAUGAUAUCAAUCAGAUCAUCUCCACAGCAGUGAUGACAUACACCAAACACUUCGACCAGCACGGCCGCAUCAAGGAGAUCCAGUAUGAGAUCUUCAGGUCUCUGAUGUACUGGAUCACCAUUCAGUACGACAACAUGGGCCGAGUCACCAAGCGGGAGAUCAAGAUUGGACCAUUUGCCAACACAACCAAAUAUGGAUACGAGUAUGACGUUGAUGGACAGCUACAGACGGUCUCCCUCAACGAGAAGAUGAUGUGGAGAUAUAAUUAUGACCUGAAUGGGAACCUGCAUUUGCUGAACCCGGGCAACAGUGGUCGUCUGACCCCGCUACGCUACGACCUGAGGGACAGAAUCACCCGUCUGGGAGAUGUUCAGUACCGGAUGGAUGAAGACGGCUUCCUGAGGCAGAGAGGAGCUGAGAUAUUUGAAUACAACUCCAAAGGGCUCCUAGUUCGUGUGUACAGUAAAGCGGCCAGCUGGACCAUCCAGUACCGGUACGAUGGUCUUGGUCGGCGAGUGGCGUCCAGAAACAGUCUGGGCCAACACCUUCAGUUCUUCUACGCUGACCUGAACUACCCCACCAGGAUCACCCACGUCUACAACCACUCCAGCUCCGAGAUCACAUCCUUUUACUACGAUCUGCAGGGCCAUGUGUUUGCCAUGGAGAUCAGCAGUGGAGAGGAGUUCUACAUUGCCUGUGAUAACACUGGGACCCCGCUGGCUGUCUUCAGCAGCAAUGGACUAUUGCUUAAACAGGUGCAGUACACGGCGUAUGGGGAGGUGUACUUUGAUUCCAACCCAGACUUUGUGCUGGUGAUUGGUUUCCACGGAGGUCUGUAUGAUCCUCUCACACGGCUGCUGCACUUCGGAGACAGAGACUACGACAUCCCUGCUGGAAGGUGGACCACUCCUGACAUCAGCACAUGGACACGUGUUGGUAAAGACCCCCAGCCCUUCAACCUCUACAUGUUCAGAGGCAACAACCCCAUCAGCAAGAUUCACCAGGUCAAAGAGUAUGUCACAGAUGUCAAUAUCUGGUUGGUUACGUUUGGAUUCCAUCUCCACAACGCAAUCCCAGGGUACCCCAUUCCUAAAUUUGACCUGACGCAGCCGUCACUGGAGAUGAAGAAGAGCCAGCUGUGGGACGACCUGCCUUCCAUCUCGGGGGUCCAGCAGGAGGUGACCCGUCAGUCUCAGGCCUUCCUGUCCUUUGAGCGGAUGCCAGAAAUCCAGCUGAGUCGGCGGCACUCAGACCACACCAAACCCUGGCUGUGGUUCGCCACCGUCAGGUCUCUGAUCGGCAGGGGAGUGAUGCUCGCUGUGAUCCAAGGCCGCGUGGUGACCAACGCCCUCAACAUUGCCAAUGAGGACUGCAUCAAGGUGGCUGCAGUCUUAAACAACGCCUUCUACCUUGAAGACCUGCACUACACCGUGGAGGGCCGGGACACACACUACUUCAUCAAGACCAGCCUGCCGGAGAACGACCUCAGCGCGCUGCGGCUCACCUCAGGCAGGAAGUCGCUGGAGAACGGUGUGAAUGUCACGGUGUCGCAGUCCACCACGGUGAUGAACGGGAGGACGCGGCGCUUUGCUGACGUGGAGCUGCAGUACGGCUCUCUGGCGCUCCACGUGCGCUACGGCACCACGCUGGACGAGGAGAAGGCUCGGAUCCUGGAGCAGGCCCGGCAGAGGGCGCUGUCGAGCGCCUGGGCCCGCGAGCAGCAGCGGGUCAGAGACGGAGAGGAGGGAGUCCGGCUGUGGACGGAGGGAGAGAAACGGCAGCUGCUGAGCAGCGGGAAGGUUUUAGGGUUCGACGGAUACUACGUGUUGUCCAUAGAGCAGUACCCUGAGCUAGCUGACAGUGCUAACAACAUGCAGUUCCUACGGCAGAGUGAGAUAGGGAGGAGGUAACACGGCUCACAAUGUCUCAUUUCUACCCCACUAUGACUGUCAGACUAACAAAAAGUGAAAAGAAAGGAUUUAUAGUGAAGAUCAUUACGGAACAUAAUGAAACUACAGAUGUGAUGGUUUAAAACUGUCGUCAUGAGGCUGCAGGAAAGUUCAGUCUUUUGCCUUUUCUCUCUUUCUUUUUCUUUCUAAAUUUUCUUUCUAUCUACCCUGUUGUCUGCCUUUAAACAGCCUGCACGCAUGCCCCUCCCCCUCUCUCUGGUAGGCGGGACUAACCUGAUUCAUAUAAUCGUGUGCGUCUAGCUGUGAACCUGUGGGAUGUAGAGACUUGUUUAAUUAGCCAACGGAGCAUUUCCACAGCCGUCACAGCUAGGUGAUCUCUAAGCAUUUAGACAGUUGUAACUGUCAGCAGUCCGCAGAACAAUGUGCUCGCUCACAGAUGUUGCAGGCUUCUCAUCUGUGAGCCGUGUCUACAGGAUCUCUUGUCCCAUGGCUGAAGGAGCUGGAACUGCUGUUGAACUGAUGUGGACUCUCUAAGACAGACAGGCACACAAAAAAAGACUACAAUUUGUACGAAGGAGAAAAAAAAGACUUAUUUUCUGUUUGGAUUUUUGUUUUGUUUUUAUAUAUUAACUUGCAUUUGCUUCAGACAAAAAGGGGAUUCAAAAAUGAACAAAAAAUGUUUACAUACUAUUACCUAUACCACUAUUACUACUCUUAUUACACCACCAUCACCGCCACCACUGGAAUGGACCAUGAUCUGAACUGAACAAAACUUUAAGUUGUGUUUUUGUUUCCUCCUUAUCUCUUAUCUGUUGGUCAGUUUGAACCACUCCUUCUCAUCCCCUGUCCUCUUACAAAGUCUAUAAAAAUGUACAGUUUCAGACUACAAUCAGCAGCGGUCUAUGAGGAAACAGGCCAGCUCGGCUGUUUCUGAUUGGUUGUGGACCCUCAGUCGGGGGUCCUUCACUUCUGCAGAAUGGGACUCAGCCUCAUAAUGCAUCGACCUUGUGCUUUUAUCGGUCAAAGGUAGUAGUAAUGCUUGCAAUAGAAACAUGUUGUCAUGGCUUUGGGGGAGGGUUGUUGUGGGUAGGAACUAAGUGUUGCUUCUCUCCUCGUUGUUGCUGGUUUCUCCUUAAAGGGACAGUGCAUUGCCAUCAGUGACUUUAAUGAGUAACAGUGAUAGAUCAAAAAUCGAUGUGGAUGUUUUCUCAUUGAUCGUGGGUCUCUCUACUCUUAUCUGGAGUUUUCUUUGUGUGUAUGUGUGUUUACCAGGUUGGGAUGGCAUCUUUAAUCAUUUUAAAGGAAAGAACAGGAACUUCACACAGCGUUAACGUCAUAUGCCACCAAUCUUUUUUCAAAGACAAGUUGACAAUGUUUUUUAUUUUCAAGCUUGAGAAAUUCCACUUAUCCGUGCAUCAAUAUUAGUCUCAGAGAAAGUAAUUUAUGUACAGUGUUGCUACGGUAAAGAAUAAAAUUCCUUGAAACUACAA